AUGUCUGAAACUACUGGAAUAUGGACAAAAUCAUGUUGCAUAUCGAAAAGAUUAGAUGGAAAGUUGGCUAUUGUCACUGGAUCUAGUGCAGGAAUUGGCUUGAUUACAGCUGGUGAAUUAGCCCGUCGUGGUGCUAAGGUAAUCAUGGCAUGCAGGAAUUUAUCGAAAGCUGAAGCCGUAAGAAAACAACUGUUGGAGAAAUAUGGUGUUAACAAUCCAGACAGCGUGAAUAUUGAUAUAGCCUGUAUAGAUGUGACUGAGUCAUUGAGUCCAAUUAAAAAUGAUCAAUUGAUUAUUGAAGAGCUUGAUUUGGCCUCUCUGGAUUCAAUCAGACAGUUCGCUGAUCGAAUAAACUCCAAGUAUACCGAGUUGGACAUUCUAAUCAAUAAUGCUGGUCUAAUUGUUGGUAAAUACGAGAAGACAGUCGAUGGCUUCGAAAUGACCAUGGGAGUCAAUUAUUUAGGACAUUUCCUGUUGACAGAAUUAUUGUUACCACUGUUGAAGAAAUCAGCUCCAUCAAGAAUAAUUAUUGUAUCCUCCAUGGCACACUAUGCCGGUCGACUGAAUAAACCAGAUUUGCAGCUUCGUGAGAGUGAAUACAGUGAACUGAAGGCCUACAGUCAGUCGAAACUAGCAAAUGUGAUGCACGCAGUUGAGUUGAGUGAGCGAUUGCAGAAUAGUGGAGUGACGGUGGUUAGUUUACAUCCUGGUGCGGUGAAGACUGAAAUUCAAAGUUGUGUCAAAGGAUUUUUCAGUAAAAUGUUUGUUACACUAGUGCGACCGUUUUUCAUCGAUUCAUGGAAAGGUGCACAAACCACGUUAUACACUGUCUUAUCGGAUAAGUUAAUAUCCGGUGGGUACUAUUCAAAUUGUGAUCUUAAAAAACCAUCGUCUACAGUUAAAAAUAAAGAAGAAAGAGAAUGGUUUUGGAAGAGAACUUGUGAACUUUUGGCGAUUGAAAAUCAAGCUUAGUUGAGUUUUAUGUGAUACAAGAGAGACUAUUUUCAAUGAUAUUAUCUCCUGUGAACUUUGUAUUUUGUUUUAAAUGGUAGCUGACAUAUUCAGACAAGAUAUUUGAUUGCUGCGUGAACAAAAGACAAACCAAGCGUAAAUUCGAUUUAGUAAUAUUGUGAAUUUUACAGCUGUUAGGAUUACUAGUGACGUAGAUUUGAGUAUGUAUUAAAGUAUAUGAAUGCUUAUAGUAAGCCUCAACUGUUCAUGUAUCUUCUAUUUCAUACAAUGAUUAACUUGAGUAAUUCUUGAAAAACAAUUAGUACCACUCAUUUGGUGUAUGUUGUUUUAUACUUUUAUAAUGUGGUGUUGCUUUCAGCUAUUUGGCUAUGUAUGACUAUAUGAUAUUGUUUUUUAUUAUUUGUAUUAUUAUUAUUAUAUUCCUGAACGUUCCCAGUGGAACAUAGUGCUUCAAGCUAGAGCGUCGAAAUUUCGGUAGCGUAGGUGUUUAUUUUUUUUAAGGGAUAGGGUUGCCAGUCUCAUGCCCAACCUUCCCUCUUUACCUUUCUUAUUACUGGCUUAGGGAGGUGAGGGAGUGCGUCGGCCGGGGGUCGAACCCUCAAACACAUGCGUGGUUGGCAAGUAUUCUACUAUUGAUUGUCUUUAAGUAUCAGUAUUUUACUGGAAAUCAGUUCACUAUUGAUUUUUCCCCACAUUUAUUCUUACAUUAUUCUAGAUUGUGUAUCACUUCAUUACGAUGGAAAUCCCACAUAUUUUGAGGAGAAAUGUGUCGCGAUAUAUAUUAUCUAUAAAGCAUAAUUUAUCCACACACCGAGAACUCACAAUACUCAGUGAUUUCGAACUUCAGAGAAACAAUAUUAGCUGACUAAUAGAGCACAUUUUUAUGACAAAAAAAGGGAUUUGAUAGCAGACUUGAAUAUUUCACCAAUAAUUGUCUUUUAAAAUGACUAUGUGUAUAAAAAACAUCCUGAGAAUGCACAAUCUUUUAGUAAGGAUAAUCACCUGAUAGAAACAAAUAUUCGAAAGUGAAAAUACAGUCUCAUUUCUAACUGGAUGGGUGGUGUAUUUUUAGUCUGAUAUGUAAAUGUCAACUUCAAGUGUGUGAUAAUAUUCGUUUACUCAUUCAUUUCUGCACUUGUUUGUUGUUUAUGUGCUUGAGCCUGAUGAAAAGAAUUGCAUUGUGAAAUAAGUCAUGUGUCACGGGAAGAAGACUCAGCUUAUUACAGGAUAUAUGACUAUGAUGACAAUGUAUGUGAAGAAACACAAAGAUUUUUGUCUCGUGAAUUUGUAUAUCUAAUCAUUAUGCAACAGGUGGGUGACUAAACCCCCCACCUCCUGAUCUAGUGGUACGCAUUCAUAGUAAGAUAUGAAGGCUUUCAGAAUAUCAAAC